AACCUUCUGCCUGCCCAGCCCCGCGCCCUCUCUGCUCUGCAGCCUGGCGCAGCCCCCCGAGGCGCCCUUCGUCUACUUCAAGCCGGCCGCGGGAUUCUUCGGCGCGGGCGCGGGCGGCGGGCCGGAGCCGGGGGGCGCGGGGACGCCGCCCGGGGGAGCCGCCGCGCCGCCCUCGCCGCCCCCCACGCUGCUGGAUGAGGUGGAGCCGCUGGACCUGGAGAGCUUAGCCGCCUGGCGGGACGAGGACGACUACACCUGGUUGUACGUUGGCUCUUCAAAGACGUUCAGCUCGUCAGAGAAAUCCCUGACUCCUUUGCAGUGGUGUAGACACGUCCUAGAUAACCCAACUCCUGAGAUGGAAGCCGCAAGACGUUCCCUGUGCUUUAGACUGGAGCAAGGUUACACUUCCAGGGGCUCCCCUCUCAGUCCCCAGUCAUCUAUUGACAGUGAGCUGAGUACUUCAGAAUUGGAAGAUGAUUCUAUCUCCAUGGGAUACAAGCUGCAGGACCUCACUGACGUUCAGAUCAUGGCUCGUCUGCAAGAAGAAAGUCUCAGGCAAGAUUAUGCUUCUACUUCUGCGUCUGUGUCAAGACAUAGUUCUAGUGUGUCCUUGAGUUCUGGGAAAAAAGGGACAUGUAGUGAUCAAGAAUAUGACCGAUACAGUCUGGAGGAUGAGGAAGAAUUCGAUCAUUUGCCACCACCUCAGCCCCGCCUUCCAAGAUGUUCACCUUUCCAAAGAGGAAUUCCCCACUCACAGACUUUCUCCAGCAUUCGGGAGUGUAGGAGGAGCCCCAGUUCCCAGUAUUUUCCUUCAAAUAAUUACCAGCAGCAACAGUAUUAUUCUCCUCAAGCCCAAACUCCAGAUCAGCAACCAAAUAGGACUAGUGGAGAUAAGCUCCGGAGAAGUAUGCCUAAUCUCGCCCGGAUGCCAAGUACAACUACCAUUAGUAGCAACAUUAGUUCUCCAGUCACCGUGCGAAAUAGUCAGAGUUUCGACUCAAGCUUGCAUGGAGCUGGAAAUGGAAUUUCAAGAAUACAGUCCUGUAUUCCGUCACCAGGACAGCUGCAGCACAGAGUCCACAGCGUGGGACAUUUCCCAGUGUCUGUCCGACAGCCUCUUAAAGCCACAGCCUACGUGAGUCCAACCGUUCAAGGCAGCAGUAAUAUGCCUUUAUCCAACGGCUUACAGUUGCAUUCCAGCACAGGAAUCCCUACGCCAAACAAAGCUGCAGCUGCCGGGAUCAUGGGUCGCAGCGCGCUUCCAAGACCUUCACUGGCAAUAAACGGGAGUAACCUGCCUCGAAGCAAAAUUGCACAACCAGUUCGAAGUUUCCUCCAGCCUCCAAAGCCUCUGUCUUCACUCAGCACUCUGAGGGAUGGAAAUUGGAGAGAUGGUUGCUACUGAUGCAGUUUUAUUUACCCUGAAGAAUGGGAAAGAAGUGAAAAUGAGGGUUGUGUUACCCAGCUGGCUGGGCAACAGUGGAUGUUGGGAUAUUCUUUCCCUUUUGCAUUUUAAUAUAUUUACUGCAUUGUUUUUCAAUGGACCAGUCACCAGAGACUAAUAAUUGCACUUAAAUAUUUGCCUGAGAUACUGCAACGUUCUCAAAUCCAUGGUUGCAGUAUUGUGACGCUUAGAUCUAGGAAGUUUUUGUAGAACUGCUCUGUACCUGAAUACUUUUUGAGAGAAUUGAGAUGUAUCAAUAAUGCUUUGCCAUAUGCGUUUUUUUUUUUUAAAGUAACUUGUUCAAUUUACUUACGUGUUCUAAACAUCUUUCCAUCAUCUGUUGUGUAUUUUAAUACGUGCAUAUUUACAACUAGGUUCUAUAAUGUAUGCUUUGAAAUUUACUUUUUUAUAGUUUACAGGAAUUUUAUUUUUUGUGCCUAUUUCUUUUUACACCUAUGUGAACCACUAUGGAACAACUUAAAUUUUGUGCCAUAAAAAUAUUUUUGUGGUAAGGUACUAUUUUUUUAGCUCUAGGGAUAUAUCAGCAAAAAAAAAAAAAAAAAAAAAAUCCAUCAUACAAUUUGAAAGACAUAACUUUGUGUUGAAUGAGCACAACAUAAUCCGAAGCAUUGGGAGGAGACAGCCAGACAGCAGAGUUAAACGGUCUUGUCAUUUUCAUUGUUAAUUUCUUGUCACCCAUGGGUUUCAUAUUUAUAAUGGCAUCACAAGCUCAUUGCACUUAAUACCUGCAAUGUUUGCUACUGUACCACAAUUAAAUUUUCAAUACUUUACUACAAAGGAUGAAACUGUAAUGUUUUAUUAACAAUGCUUCUGGAAAUGAAUGCAUUUUAAAGCAAAUAAAUCUUUUUGAUAGACCUUUUACAAAACCCAUUUGCACUAAUGAAUGCUUUCUUAUGGCAUAUGACUUAAUAUUUGUUACUGUGUACACUGCUGUUUUGGAAUGUUCAGAAAUAAAGACUCUAUUUCAGCAA